AUGGCAGCCGUCCUCAAUAGACAGCAUCCCACCAUGGGCGCCCAGCACGGCAUCGCCGCAUUCCGCUCCAAGUUUAAAAAGGCCAGCCCCCAACAGCCAGCCUCUGGCGGCCCCGCGGCCGCUUACACGGUCGGCAACCAGUCCAGCAUCGCCCUCGGCGAAUCGGGUCAGAGCAGAAAGAGGGGCUUCUCCCUCCGCAGCAAGAUGCGCCUGGGCAAGCCCCAACGGGCGCCCGCGGUGCCGCAGCUCCCACCCGCCCUCGAACUCGACUUUGAUCGCCCGGCUCUCGAUGCGCCGAGCCAGCCAGAGAUCGGAGCACAUGCCCGCCCUUCCCCCACACCUGGCGCCGCUCAACCGCCCACCGCCGCCGCCCUCGUUGCGGCCGAGGCCAUCGCCUCUUCCUCUUCGGCCACCAAGCACGUCCCCAGGGCCCGCCAGCUCGUAAAGGCCCUCGAGGCCAUGGCCAACGCCAGGCUCGACGUCGCUCAGGUGCGCGACCUGGCCAGCCUGUGCGCCGAACAGAUCAAGCAGCGCGGCCUCGACACGACCGGCCUCUUCCGGUCCUUCCGCGUCGCCCAGUCCCAGGACGACAUCGACCGCCUCAUCCAGCUGUUCCUCGUCCACAUCAACCCCACCGCCUACGCCAGCGUCUUUGCCGUGCUGCCCGACGACGCGCUGGCGAGGCUCUGGCAGCGCCCCGAAGAAGCCCCCGACAAGUCCAGGGCGGCACUCGACGAGCUCGAAAAGGAACUGCGCUACACCUCGAUCCACAACGUCGUCGCGCUGCUCAAGUGGGGUCUGCGCCAUCUGCGCCUGCGUACGACCGACUUCAACUCGUCCGACCCUUACGGCUGGUACGACGCCUUUGUCGCUGCCGAGAAGAAGUCGGGCUACCACCCGCGAGCCAUUGCCGACCUCCUGCACCCGACCCUGCCCCAGGAGACGGCCGAGCUGCUCGUACAGAUGCUCGAGCUCAUGGCCAGGGUGGCGGCCCACCACAACCACAUGCCUGCGUCGGAGAUCUGCAGCAUCCUGGGCUUCUGGCUGUUUGGGAGGAUCGGCGUUGCCCACCCGCCGCCGACGUUCCCGGAGCUGCAGGCCGCCUGGCAGACGGCAACGUCUGUGGCCGAGCACCUCCUGCUCGCCCACAUUCGCUCGCAGGCCGUCGUCACCUUUGCCAUGCCCCUGCGCCUGACCGAGCUGGUCCAGGACUAUCCGUCCAUCAAGGACGGCUCGCACUCGCCUGGCUUCCCGCCCGCGUAUGCGCGGAGGCAGGUCAGCACCCUCAGGAUCGAUCUGCGGUCCGAGAACCUCGUCGUGUCGCCGAUGCGACCGCGCCUGCCUUCGGCCACCUUGGCCUCUGCCCUCGACGCCUCGGCCUCCGAGCAGCUCGAGGGAGGCCGCGGGGAGACGUGGGCUGCUGUGAUCGGUCAGCUCGCCUCCGACGCCACGGAAGGCGACAAGGGCAAAGAGCUGCUGAUCCCGGAGCACGCCCGGAUCCUGGACCUGGUCGAUGCUCAGAUUGCCGCCAGGAUCAAGCAUCAGGAACAGGCCGAGGAGGCGUCUCGGCCGCCGGCUUUCGGAAUUUCGCCAUCGUCCGCCGAAGGCGACCGAGACUCCCUCUCUCCUCAGUCGACGUAUCGCAGGUUCUCGCGGUCUUACAGCGACCUGCGUUCGACCAAGCCCCUGGCUACGCUGAGCGAGGACGAGGGUCCCGGCGGCGCCAGUAGGGAGCGUCGCCCGCGACCUCCUCCUCUCGCUGCCUCGGCUGCCAGCGCGGCUCGUGUCAGCCGUGAUGCUUCGGUCUCGCAGCAGAGCACAGAGGGGGGCCCUCCCCCGGCCACCAGCACCGACAGUGCUAAGUUCAAGCGCCUCUCGACGGAGUGGCGUUCCUUUUCCGAAGGAGGCUUCAGUUCCGAGGCCACGGCCGUCGAAUUGUCGCUCGACGAGUUUGAUCUCAAGCCGGUCAGCUCGAACAACUCGCAGACGCUGCCCUCGCGCAAGGGAGCCGCCCGCCGAUCGGGUUACUCGGGCGGCUCGCUGGGCCGCCGACGCUCCAACCGCGGAGAGCUGCCCGCCUUCGGCCUCGCCGAUGCUGCGCCGGCAAAGCCUCCGCCGCCACCCGCCUUUGUCGUCACCUCGGUCGCAAUGACGGCGAUGGACACGUCGCUGACGACGCUGUGGCAAGACUCUCUGCUCGACAACUCGCUCUGCUCGACGCUGCCUCCGCUCGUGCUGGUGCAGCUCGACGAAAAGGUCGCGGCCGAGGCCGACCUGCUCGGCGGCUACGCAAAGGACGAGCGGCCCUGGCUCCUGGUCGUCGAGACGGUCCUCCCACCGCGGCCGCCUACGCCCACCGACGACGGCAACAAGGGCCGCGGCGGGCGGGGCGACGGCCACAGCAUCUCCGACAGCCGCAGCAUCUUUGCGCCCAGCAUCCGCAGCGUCAAGCUCCACCUCCAGCGCAGGAUGAGCAUGCUCUCGUCCAAGUCGCGCACCAAGCGAGCCGAGGCCAACGACGUGGCCGAGGUCCAAGAGCCGCCCGUGCCAAAGACUCCGGUCAUGCCCGGCGGAUGGACCUAG